AUGAACAUCUACAUCGGCAACCCCCAUCUAUGUGGCUACCCUCUCUCCAAGAACUGCUCUGCUAGUACUAUUGAUGCAGAGCAAAGUGUCAACCAUGAAGAUGCAGAUCAUAUCGCGUAUCUCUACCUUGGGAUGGGCAUAGGAUUUGUGACCGGCCUUUGGGUUGUGUUCUGCACCAUGUUAUUGAGGAGAACCUGGGCGAUUGCCUACUUUCAGAUCAUUGACAAGCUGUAUGAUGAGGCUUAUGUGCGAGUUGCUAUAACUUGGGCUCACCUGAUGAAGAAAACCCAUGAUGACGCAACGUGA